CACCGAACAACUUUCUUCCUUUCAAACGUUUUCUCAUAUGCGAAACCGUCUUCUCAUUCCUCAAGAGUUGAAACUACAAUACCAACAAUUCCACUGUAGAAGAGGGGAUACUUCGUAUUGAGAAGCGAGGCAAUGUACAAAAGACGUAAAGAGAUAUAGCAUCUAUAGGCGUCAGCAGCCAUGAGUUCUAUGCUCAAAAAGACCGGAGGCUUGUCCUUUAAGCCAAAGGUUGCUCCUCGCCGACCAGCUGGUGCUGCCUCCUCAAAACCACCUCCAGCAUCUACACCCAGCGGCACUACCGAAGUUCCGGCUACCGGGGCUUCGUCGCAGGCACCAACCACUACACCUACUGCUGCUGUUGCUCCUCCGAUUGAGUCAUCUGGCCAGGAACCAGAGAGAACACCAGUAGAGACACCGAGAGAACCCCCCAAGGAGACACCACGAAUAGAGACAGAAAAGCCACCCACUCAAUCUCAGCCGACCCCUAUAACACCUGCGCCGUCCCAGCCAGCGCCGACCUCGACAGCGAAUUCUGCACCUACGCCCACACCUAUCGACAAGCCCGUCAGUCUAACACAGCCUACACCAACACCAGCACCACCAACUCUAGUCACAAGUGAGCCCCGACGACCGUUACCAUCCGCCCCAGUCUCGGCUCGAACAGAGCGAACAACACGACCAACGCCAGCCCCAGAGGUCUCAUCAUUAAGAAGUCCGCCCGCUACUCAGCCCGAAAAAACUACAGCCAGCGCCUCGUCAACUGCACCAACUGCAGCUACCUCCCGUUCUGGUCUUUUUGGGAACACACCAACUCCCACACCAGACCCGCCCGUUCCGAUACAAGCACGAGUCGGACCGCCAACAGCACCUCCAUCACCAGCUCCUGUUGCCGAUACCAUUGCAGUCUCCGCAGCCGUUGAUGAACCCCCCAGCACUAUCCCGAAGAAGAAGAGAGCAUACCGUAAACGCAAACCUGCUACAACUACCGAUGAGACAGGUGCAGAAGUUCCUGCGCCAAAGAAGAGGCGUACACGCAAGAAUGCUACAGCACAGGGUGACGGAACGGCAGCUCCAGAUGGAGAGGGAGAAGGAGAAGCGGAGGAAGGGACGCCCGCUACUAAAAAGAGGCGCCGCGGCCGUUCCCCGACUCCAGAAGAGGAUCCUGAGGAUCGAACAGUGGAUCACACUACCAUGAAAAUGGCCGAAUUGACUAGAGAUCUUGGAAUUGGUAAACGGUUCAAACACGCAGAUGCCAUUGCAGAGCGUGCGCGCGAAGCGCGUGAGAGAUUCCGUCGAAAGAAAUUAGAGAAGCAGAAACAGCGCCUAGGGUUAACACCCAACGAAGAUUCAGCCUCUCGCGCAGGCACCCCAGCAGAGGGCGAGGAAGGAGGAAGGGAGUCCGCGGUUGCGCGAGCCAGGGAUUUAGGCGCUAAUGCCACCUCGGGCGCUCAGCAGUCUGUUGGUUACGAAGUCAUUGAUGGGCAGAUUAUCAUCAACCAGCAAUCUCUUGUAGUAGACCGACAUGCAGCGCACCGAGAUAUGGGAACACUUGAGACUGUUGAAGAAGACGAGUUCUCACAUCUUACCACCUCCGCGUCAUUUCGCCGCGAAAGUCGCAAGACGGGGCCGAAUUAUUGGUCGGAAGAAGAUACCGAGAAAUUCUACCGGUUGUUAGGUAUGUUCGGGACGGAUUUCGACACGAUCUCCGGCAUGUUCCCGGAGAAGACGCGGCGUGCCGUCAAAUUGAAAUUUAACCGGGAAGAGACGCUUAGACCUCGCCGCAUUAAUGCGACAGUCAUGGUGCGCGGAGAGAAAAAGGUUAACAUUGACUUGGAGGAGUAUAAAAGUCAUCAGACCGAGUGGCAGGAAAGUGAUAAAAUCCUUGCUGAACACGCGGAAUUGAGGCGCGAACAAGACGAGGAUAUUCGUCGGUUGAGGGAGGAGAGGCGCGCGCAGGGUUUGCUUGAUGAUGAUGAUGAUGAGGUGCCGGUACAGGGCGAGGGCGCCAAUGGGAAUGGUAGCGGCGAUGGUGAUGCAGCCGAUGUUGAGGGUGAUGAUAAUGGUUUGGACGCUCCUGUGGAUGCAGAGGUGGCCAUUACGGCCUAGAUAUAGGCGAGCCUGCCUACCUACCUCCCUAUUAAGCGAUGCCUGCAAGCUUGUUCUUUUGAUACCCCGUUUCCUUAGCUUGCAUUUUCGCUUUAGGAGGUAUUGAAGAGUUGUGUAACACCAAAAUAAAAAUAAAGAAAUGAAUAAAAGGUCACCUUGUGGAAUGUAGACAUGUCAGGGUUUGGGGCCUAUGGAUGGAGAAAAGCGAGUAUAGUUACGGUGUAUUCAUUUAUAAGGCAUCAAAUACUUGGUUCCUCCGGCUCCUCUAGUAUCACGAAGUUCGAUUUCGUAGCUUAUACAAAUCAACG